UUUGCCCCUCACCUACCAUUCAUAGUUUCAAUGAUAUUCGAGUUGUUACAACCGUACCCAGGCUACCCUACUUGGAAGCCGUUAGAAAAUUUUUCACAAAUCUUUUAUAUAUAUAUAUCAACACGGGGUCGCGUCAUAAACGGACCGAAGACAACAACAAAGCACUAUAUUUAAACUAGGGAAAAUUUGAACAAGGGAAAAUUUAAAUGUUUUUCUUUGGAAUGGUGUACACUGCAUAUAGUGUUAUAGAACAAUCUAUAAAAAAAAUAAUAUUUUUAUGUUCUCAGGAGGCCUAGGUCAAUUGGGUGUUGAAUGUGCGAAGUACUUACGCAACAAAUAUGGUAGAGAAAAUGUCAUACUCUCAGACAUUAUUAAACCUUCCAAAGAGAUAGUCAACGACGGUCCAUAUAUCUUCGUAGACAUUUUGGACUUCAAGGGACUACAGAAAGUAGUGGUGGACCACAGAGUGGAUUGGCUGAUACACUUCUCAGCUUUACUCAGCGCUAUCGGUGAACAAAAUGUACCCUUAGCUGUUCGAGUUAACAUAGAAGGUAUGCAUAACGUAAUUGAAUUGGCGAAACAGUACAAGUUAAGAAUUUUUGUGCCUAGCACUAUUGGGGCGUUUGGACCUGAUUCGCCAAGAAACCCGACACCGAACGUGACUAUACAGAGACCGAGGACAAUAUAUGGUGUAUCGAAAGUUCACGCAGAACUGUUGGGAGAAUACUAUUUCUACAAAUUUGGUCUUGAUUUCCGAUGUUUGAGAUUCCCCGGUGUGAUUUCUAGCGACCCACCAGGAGGAGGAACCACAGACUAUGCUAUUGCCAUUUUUCACGAUAUUAUUCGUAAGGGUCAAUACAAAUGCUAUUUGAAGCCACACACGCGACUUCCUAUGAUGCAUUUGAGGGACGCCUUGCGAGCCCUAUCAGAGUAUCUGGAGGUACCAAAUGAACGGCUUCUGAGAAGAUGUUACAAUGUGACUGCGAUGAGCUUCACUCCUGAAGAACUAGUGGAGGCCAUGUCGAAGCAUGUACAAGAUAUGAAAAUUACGUACCAACCUGACAGUAGGCAAGAUAUAGCGGAUUCAUGGCCACAAGUGUUCGACGACAGCGACGCUCGACGCGAUUGGGAUUGGAAGCCAGAAAUUGACCUAGACAAUCUCGUGAAGCUUAUGUUCGAUGAAGUCAGAGAGAAAGUGGAGGCGAAUGGUUUCUCUUGUUAACAUAUAUCAAAGAGCUUUCGAAGUUCCUAUCUCAGUAAAAGUGGAUUUCUUGAUCCCAAUAACUUGUACAGUAAGUUCUAAUUAAUAUGGCGCAACUAAUAUCCCACAAUGACAAAACGUACUUUUAAAAUUUAAAGUGAUUCUUGUUUCAAUGGUCAUAAAGUGUAAAAUACAACAGUACUUGAAUCAUUUGAUUAGCCGACAUUUGCCGCGCUUCGAAAUUUAUUCUUCAGCGCAGGUACAUCGGUGAGCCACGUUAAUUGAACCUUACUGUACUUGUAUACGUAAAUAGAUCCUAGAAAAUAUGUAGGAAAUUUUAAAGAAAGCGUAAUAUCUAAGGAUAUAAGUAUAUAAACACCACGUUAUAAGUACUUAUGCAAUGUAAUAUUUAUAUUCUGAUUGUGGUAUUCAACUUUUUGGUACAUGGACAUUGCAUAUGUUCAAUUAAAUUUAUAAUUGAAUUUGUAAAAUAAAUAAAAUAAAUAUUGUUGAAUAACUUAUCAAUACCUAAUCAUUUUAAUGACACCACAGCAGAGUAACAUAUAUUGUCUGUGCUGGUGAAUAAAUAUUUGCAAAUUGUCUUAAGUCUCGUUUUCACGAAUUAACGACAGUUUUUUUUUUGCAGUUAUAAAAAAAAUAUUCCUUUAUGUGCAUUGCCGGAACAGUAUCAGAAGGCAAUUCCUGAUAUGAAAAAAUACAAAAAAAGAAGCUAUUUUUUGAGAUAUGUCACAUCACUAGACGCGUUAGUAAAUUUUUAGGUCAAAAUUGGACAUGAUUCUUUAAGCAAUUGAUUUUGAAUUCUGCCCAUAGUGUAUUGAAGUUUAAAAUAGUGCAGAGAACUAUGACAGUUUUAUAUAAGCCGACGUGCUCUUAGGUAAUCUGUACCCGGCAAUUUGUCACCUUUUAAUGCGGAAUGUCAAACUAUGGGGGCGUCCAUAAAUUACGUGAGAUGUUUAAGGGGGGGAGGGGGUCGAGUCAAAUCUCAUCUAAUCUCACGUUGGAGAGGGGGGGUCUCGGCAAAUAUCACGCAAUUUUUAAAAUAAGGCUCGGUGCGGGGAAUCCCUCAUAGAGUGACAAGUCUAAGGUUGAGAUCAUUCACUAAUUCGUUGGAAAGAAAAUAAUUUCAUUUGUACUUUGACAUUAUACAUCACUCCUGAUUGUCAAACCACUAUACUCGUUUUAUACCAAAUAGCUCAAUUUAAUUUGAAUUUACGGUACAAU